AGGUACAUCCGGGUCAGAUAGCGAGUACUUCCGGUUAGCUAACGGUGCGAAGUGUUGCCUUUGGAGUGUCUUUACUUAGAGGACUCGUUUCCAUGUGACUACUUCCUGAUACAGUUUGUCGCAGGUCAUGCUCAGAUCAGUGUUGCUGUGCAGGUUGACCCCCCAUGUCCAGUCCUGUACCAGAGGAUCAUGUCUACUAGCAGGUCGGACACCUUGUGGCGUGCCGCUUCCUUCACCUGGUCACACACCCCUCAUAUCUACAACCACAGCUCUGGUCAGGUACUCUGACUUGUCCACAGAGAAGUACACUAUGAUUUACACCCUGCCGUACAUUAAACAUCUGAGAGCCGUGUCCAGGCUCAAACUGCUCCAAACUGCAGUCACUGUGGUCCUCGUGCCCCCAGUGUACUUCUUCUACGUCCAGGGAGAUGUGCCCUUCUUCCUUGUCAGCUACACAACGGGGAUAGCGCUGCUGGCUGGUGCCAUGCUGUACACCGUCAGUCACUUUUUCAGGAGGGUUGUGGGGAUGAUGUACCUGGACCCGUCUCAGACCACACUCAAAGUGUCCCACCUCACCUUCUGGGGCAGGCGCCAUGAUCUCUACCUCCCUGUGUCAGAUGUUAUGACCAUUGGGGACACGGGGGACUCAGCAAAAGAGACAAUAUUGAAACUAAAGAGAUACAGCAGUCCACAGACAUUGUAUUUCUCCACUCACUAUGGACGUGUGGUCGAUCAAUUGGGUUUUGAGAAGGUGUUUGGAAAUCUGAAAUGAUGCAGAAUUUUUUUUAAGUGCUUCGAUUUGGUUGAAGUAUGAUAGUGAAUAUUUGUGAAUUAAUCAAUGGACUUAAAUGCAACAUUGUGAAAAUGAAAUGGGCCUGGUAAUAAAUGUUUUAUUAAAUUAAAAUUGUGCGUGAGGAUGAACGUUCAGCUGAACUUUGGUCUUUUGAAUAGAACAACAUGAGUGUUGGCCAUAUGUUAGGGAUAGUAAGAUUAUUUUUGCUUAGAAACCACUGACCUAAUGUGUGAAGCAAAACUAAAAGUCAAAUAAGUCUUUUCUCACAAAAGUGAGACUGCCCUAAUGUUUAACAAGCAACACAUGGUCUAAAUACUGUAGAAAAAAGCCUGUUAAAAAAAAAUAUUUUAAAUAUUAAGUGUGAAACAGAAAGUGUGCAGUGUGUCCGAGAGCUUUCUGGGUGUAGACGAGUCUCGUGUUGGAAGUGGUGAUGAUGGCGAGCUGGAAAAAGCCUCCUCCUGGGUACUGUGGUUUUAUGGAGCAGCUGAUGGUGGCAUAGGAGGACUUGUUGUCCCUAUCAAUGAGAUGGAAAUCCCUGGUUGAUACAGCGGAUCUGUAAAGACAGAGGGAGAGAGUUGAUGGAGCAAAUCACCUCUAGUCUGGUUAAAGCUGGUGGGACAUACAGAAAGUAUCUAAGUCAUAUCAAGUGUGUCUUUUCAUUAAAAUCCAAUUAUGUCCAAGAA